UUAUAUGUAUGUAAGUAUGUAUUUUGUUGCAAAUCUGUUACUUUACACGGGGUAGGAUGGACUUGAAGAACUCGGCAUAUUAUGAUAAACAGUCCUGUGAGGUAAUCAAGUAAAUUUACUCAAGUACUGUAGGCGACUUAAAUAUGAUUUUAAGAUACUUUUGCUCUACUUUUCUUUAUAUUUCAAUUGUGUGUGACUUCAGUCUUGUACAGCACUGCAUUUCAGACGGAAAUAAAAGAAUACAAUUGAAUAUAAAGUAGUUAAAAAUAGCUCCUCUUCAACGGACUUCUACAUUAAAUGCUUUGUACACAACAAUGCAUGAGUAAUAAUGAAUGCAAUAGUAUGAUGCAUAUUGAUAAAACACUGACUGAUUUCUUUCUUUUGAAUGCAAGAAUUUCACUUGUGUUUUUCAUUAUUGCUACCUCAAACACGCCUUCUGCCACUGAUGAUGACGCAUUGGAUUAAUUUAUCAUAUAACCGCCAACCCUAACAGGGUCGACAUGUUAGUGCACUUCCACAGAGAACCACAGACAUCCACACACAACACCGAGAGUUUGUCUUUGUCAUCUCUGAAUACUUUUGACACAGUUCACGGCUAAUCUGAAGGCAGUAACUUGGAGAAAAAACAACCUAAAAGCAAGGUUCAGUCUCUCUAUAGCUUUCCCGUCUGACACAGUCAGGGUCAAAUGUGUUGAAGACAAAUGUGUGAGCGCUCCUGCAGACACUCCUCUGGAUUAAUUUGGAUCUAUCAGAGUUGACCAAACAACAAUCACCACCAGAGACGGUGGCUUAGCUGUUUUAUCAAGUUAAAAUCUGGCUCUUUCCUCUUUUGAGUUGAUGAUAUUCUGCAGACUCUCUGUACUCAGACUCAGACUGUAACAGUCAAACUGAGAGAUUGCGAGCUUCCCUUUUGUACUGAAGGGGUUUCACUUCCCUGUUUUUAAGAGCAACUUCCUUAUCUUUAACAUUUCCAAACACAGUUACUGAUUUACAUGAGUUGGACAUAAUUUCCAGUGGCACGUCCGGGAAGAAACAGACUUGUCAUGGCUUUAGAUGGAAGCCCGUUUGAGAUGGAGGAGGCUCAGCAGGAGAAGACCUUGAACCCAACUGAUAGGAAACUAAUUCUUGGAGCAGCGACGGACAAGUUUAUGAGGGCUGCAGGUCAGUGAGUUGGUGAGAUGGAGGAAGCGUACAGUGAACUGUACCAGGAGUUUCUUCGCCUGAGGGCACUUUGCCUGAGACAGGCAGCCCUGUUGCAUCAACUCACAAAAGCCCUGCAGAAACAGCAAGGUGCCACUGUUCCUAAUGGAGAGUUGAGCGACUUGAUGUCCAUCCCUGUCCAGUGCACCCAGAAAAUCCCCGUAUAUCCCCAUGAAAAGCCAAAGAUGGCACACAACCCUGCAGCAAAUGUGGGGACUUUCUCUGAUCUCCUCACUGAAGAUAUGUCCAAGCUCUGCAUGAAUGUGGCCCAUCAGAGAAAGGAUGAUGGGAAAGUUGAGCAAAAACACUUAUCAUCAAAUCCAAGGCAAGCAGGGCAACCUGGUAGAAACAGGACUCUGCACUCAGCGGGGCUGCCUGUGACAGACAGUCUCUCCCUGGAUGAAGCACAUCAGCAGCUGUCUGGCGGGGUGCUGAUGUCAGAUGUGGCGCUGCAGUCUCAUGUUUGUGACUUCUGCCAGGCAGUUUUUCCCGGAGACACAACCACCGGAGGAGAGUUCCUACGACAUCUCUACACCCACGUCGCCUAGACUGAACUGACUCUUCUUUUUCUCCUGACACACGGGUUAAUAUGAUGUACUGAUUCAGUUCAACUAAUCUCUGGAAACAGAACUGAAACGGGCCUGUUCUUCAUAUGGUUAACUGUUUGUCGAUGGAUUAACUGUGCAAAUGCUGAUGCUGAUGCUACAUCAUCUUCUAUGGAAACCGCAGGCUGGAAAUAGACUAGAACAGACUUCCUCUGCAUCCACUGUAUAUACAAGCAUUAAGAUAGAGAUUACAAAAAAAAGAAUCUCUACUGCAGAAGUAUCAAGCUAUGCAGAUAGUUUUGGUUUUAUUAGAUUAAGUUUUGAGAUAUCCGUCUCUUUUUAUGCCUCGAUCCUAAUACGAUGGACGUGAAAAGAAUUUCACAGCAUACUCACAGGACUGAAACAUUUUCUUUGCAGAAACAGCGUCCCUGUUUCUUUAGAUCAUCAACCUAACAUGACCCUAAUCUAAUGGGAAAAUGAAACCAAAGCUAGUAACUACCACUACGUUUGAAAUUCAAACAUUUUUUUACCAACACAUACAAUAAAUCUUCAAAGUGCACAGGAAAAAUCUAAAAUACCACCUACCAGUAAUAUACUGUAUUUAUCCAUUUAAUUAUCUAUAUAAUCUCUGGUUUCAAUUUGGAACCACCUCAUAUUCCCUCAUCUGUUAUAAUCCAUCCUUAAUCCAAAGGCAUCCUAACUUUAUGGUUGUCCUCACCAGAUGCUUUCAGCACUGGAAGCUUUUCUUUUUCUACUUUGGUGAAUUUACUGCCUGAAAUAAAAACUUCUCUUUGUAACAUGAGGGAAUAAAUAAUUGGAAAAAAAAAAUUGAAUUUGUGAUUAACUUUGUGAUGAGGUAAAAUUGUGCAGGUAUUAUACCUUUUAAUCUGAAACUCAAUCAAUCAAAAGACUUCAAUCUGUCUGUCUGUCUGUACAAUCUGUACAGCAUACGACACCCUCUGUCCUUAGACACUAGAGUUAAUGUUUGUUUGAUUACCUGUAAUACCAGUUAAAGAAAAAAAUUUCUGUUCAUGAUCUUAAAUCACUGUGCAAAAGCAUAAUGCCAAAGACAAACUGAAAUCGAUAACUUCCGCAUGUUGUUGCCCUCAGUCUGUCUCCUCGUCUUACCUUGUUGUUGUUGUUGUAAUCCUGCUAUAAAAUGGUAGAAAUCGGUUCAGUAGUGACUAAUGGUGAAUAUUAAACCUUUAUCUGAUGUUACUUCAACUUCAUCUUCGUUGGAUUUAGGUAUAGAUUUCAACAUUUUUAUUCUUAGUGCCCAUGUGUUAUAAAGAACACCAUCAUUAGAAGCAGAAAUAAAAUAUGUUUGAUAUCUGAUUUAAUAUACAUACUGUAUAUAAUAAUAUUAGUAGUAGAGUAUGGAAGUAGGGGUCUUGGCUGAUCUUUGCCUUUCACUGUGAGCUUAAUCUGCUUUAAUUAUGGCACCAUUUAAAUUGUGUUUUUCAAGCUGACACAUUAAUUGAAUCUGAGUCACUUUUCCUUAAGAAUCUUUUUGAAAAAAAAAAACAUAUUUUGCAGACACUCAUAGCUUCGUUAAAUAUCGUCAAAUAUAGUGUAUGUGAUGUAGAUAUUUGAACACCCAUGUGGCUAAUCCUUAAAAAAACUAUUUAAAAUAUUCAAACCCAGAUAAUAAGACUUCCUAAUUUCAUGAAUGGCUGUUCGGCUGCUUUCUAAAUGUUUGCAAUCAAGCAUUAAACCGAUCAGCUGUCUGUUGCUCAGCUCUGUUACUGUGAAGAGAGCACGGGCUAAGAAUAGACUUGAAGAUUUAACUCCCUAAUUAGUGGUGCUGACAGCUGAUUGAUGAUGCUGUCUCCCUUCAUCUGUUGCCACGCCGACUGUUGCUCUCACCGUAAGGAAAACCAAGUUGGAUAUAAUUGCUCUUGUGUAAUCAAAAAGAUAAUGGCAUUUUUUUUUCACAUAAACAUCACCAUUAACAUCUCUGGAACUGCUCCAAUGGUGUAACUCAAUACAUGAUAUCAUGUUAAUUUGAACCUUUAUUUAUUUAUACUAACCUUUAUGAUUUUGUGUUGACUGUACAGUAACUGCAGUGAAAUAAACUAACUACCAUGUGUGUUUUUUGAUUUAUAGAACUGAAUUCAUUGAA